AUCGAUUACGAUGGUUAACACACUCACGCAGUAGCAAAACAGUCCAGUGGAUUUUACGAUUUCUGUGUUUUCAGAUUUGAGGGCAACAACAAGAGAUCUUCAUUCAAGUCAGAUCUAAUUGGAAAUCUAACAGUAAACUCCUGCGUAAUGCUGAAAUCUGUGAUGGGAAAUUAUUGAGAUUAUUAUCGAGUUUGAGUUAUUUUUUUCUUCUUUUAUUAAAAAAAUAGCUUUAACAUAUAUUUAAAUUUGCGCGCAAUCGUGGUACGUGUAGGCCUAUAGGGGCAUUAAUUUUGCAACACAACUUAAAAUUAGAAAAAAAGUAGGAUAAGGCGUGAUUAGCAGAAGGUUAGAAAAUGAUUAGUUGUGUUUUAGACAUAAAUAUAUUUUUAGAUGGUGGUAUUCUAAGCAAAGUCACAUUUGGGGAAAGAGUAUUAUGAAAUCUGACCGCUGGAAGGAUGUGUAUAGGCUAUAAGAUGCAAAAUAACACUGCAAAUUGCAUAUGCUCCUUAAACUGCUACCAAGUGUUUUCAAGUUCCUCUUUGUUGGCCGCUGUGCAUUUCUGACCUCCUAUACACCCAUCCUUUCGUAGUUCACGGACUUCAUGAUUUAAAAAAAAAUUGUUACGCAUGUACCCUGUCGCACUCUCUCGCUCGCUGCACAUUUGCCAAAACUUCUGGUCACGAGCCCGCCACGCGCGUUUGGAUAAGUUGACGGUGGGUGGGGCGGCAGAGGGAGGGACUUACCCGGUUAAGGCAAAAAGAAUAUCAGCCCGAUCGUGUCAUUUGGAGAUGAAAGUUCCAAGUGUACUCAUGGCCAUCUGAGGGAGCAGAAGAUUAAGGGACACUGGCCGGUGCGCGAAGAAAGAAACACAGCAGUUGUGGACUUAUCACUCUUUUAUUAGUCUGUUAAACAUUUAAAAAUCUGUUGUGAACGAAGCGAAAACGGAUCCCACACAGAUCAAAAUGAUGACCAAAUCAUUUGGGAAAAGUGGGGAUGUGAGUGAGCUGGUGAGCUCCCUCAGCUGGCUCGAUGACGACGGCAGCUCACAGGAUGGAGAUGAAAGCCCAGAAUUGACGGGGCGCCAUGGCCUGACUGUAGGGGGCCGCCUCCGCUCCUGCACAGAACUGGGUAGUGAGGAUAUGGAGGAAGAGGAGGAAGAGGAAGAGGACGAAGAGGCUGGAGCAAAUGGAGAAAAUGCUCCCAAAAGGAGAGGCCCUAAAAAGAAGAAGAUGACCAAAGCUAGACAGGAGAGGUUUCGUGCACGGCGAUUAAAGGCCAAUGCCAGAGAACGUUCUCGUAUGCAUGGGCUAAACGAUGCUCUGGAUAAUCUGCGCAGAGUGAUGCCUUGCUACUCUAAGACACAAAAGCUGUCGAAGAUUGAGACUCUGCGGCUGGCCCGCAAUUACAUCUGGGCUCUAUCGGAGGUGCUUGAAAGUGGCCAGUCCCCAGAGAGUCAUGGAUUUGUGGAGAUGCUGUGUAAAGGUUUGUCCCAGCCUACCAGCAACCUUGUGGCUGGGUGCCUGCAGCUGGGACCCACUCCGAUGAUUCUUAAUAAGCUGGAAGACAAGUGUGGAGGUCCAGGAAUGGGUAGUAUGGUGGCUGGCCAUCCCCUCAGCUACCCAUCCCCAGGCCUUCCCAGCCCACCCUACGGCUCCCUCGAGGCAUCGCACCUCCUCCAAAUAAAAGGAUUCAAGGGGCCCGUAUAUGACAACCCCUCCCCUAACGAGUGCAGCAGCAGCACUCCACCAUACGAUGGGCCCCUCACUCCCCCUCUCAGCAUCAGUGGCAACUUUGCCCUGAAGCAGGAGCCUUCUCCGCAUGAGUCAGAGAGGAACUACACACCCCACCAUGCUCACUACCUCUCAUCCCACCAUUACUCCACUUCCACGACAGGCAGCCUACCAGGGGGGCCUCAGGCCCACCCACUCUUACAGGCUUCUCGCUACGAGCUGCCCCUGGAUGUGGCCUUUGACUCCUUUGCUCCGCCUCACCUCAUCACCUCUCAGAUGGGUACCAUCUGAAAUGUGAUAGUACCAGUGAAUGACUGUUAUGAAUAGCCAGAGCAGAAGCACUGCUCCUGUAUAAACUGCUGUAAAAAAGGAUGACUGUGGUACUGAGUGUAUAGAGAAAAAUGUUUGCUUUUAUGUUGUCUAGUACUCUGGGAGAGCACUGAAUGCUCAGAGAGAAGACUCAUCACCUCAACUCAAUCUACCUGAUACAAACAUGCACCCAUGACAUUUAUUAUUUUAUUUAUUUCACUUUUGUUUAUAUGUUAAUCUUCUCUUGAACACGUUGUUCCGUCAGUUGUUAAAAAGUUGAAGUAAAAAUUAGUUUACCAAAUCAGAUGUCCUUGCUGAAGCAUUAUGUUUGAACAAAUACUUUAUUAUUUACAUGUCUACAUAUAAAAAGAAAUUGAUCAAAAAGUCACCCAAUGUGCACUGAGGCCUACAGCCAAUUUCCUUCUGAAUUUAAGAAAAGCAAUGCAUUUAUUUAUAUCUGUAUUUAAUAUUUAUUUUGAUAAUGUCUUGUCUGUUUUAUAUUUUUCUCAGCACAGUUUCUGUUUCACUGUCUUGGUUUGAUGCCAGCCACUGGUAGCUGUACUGUAUUUAAUUUAUUUAUUUUAAGUCUUUCAGGUACUUGUUCAUUUGGUGUCACAAUUUUUGUCAUACUGUACUGUUAAUAUUUUGCUGU